GGAAGUUGAAUCAUCAUGGAGGUAGUUGUUCUGUAUUCGAAAUUUCUGCCAUAGUAUGAAGAGGCAUCAUAGAGAGGACUCGGCUUCUCGCAGCAAGAAGGCCCGUGCCCCUAGUAUAUCGGACGAGGAGGGUACUAACGGGUGCAUCAACUCUCCGAAGAAGUACAAAAGUCCCCCACGAAAGGCUCUGUUGAGACGCCCUUCACGUGAAGACAGAUCAGUUGAUAAAUAUGACCAACAAGGUUCGAGACAAACAUUCUUACUUCGACCUAAUCCCGCAGCAAAGUUUGUCAGUAGCAACAACUCCAGCCGCUCAUUUAACCCCCACAGGUAAUUUAUAAAUGGUGUAUCUAGUUUGCGUGAAUUGUUCCGAGUACUCAAUCGUGUUAGUACCUGUUGCUAACACUUUGGAUUUCGGUCAUCAUUGUUCAUAUUUCAUGCCAUUACGUAUUUAUGUGGUUCACUCAUUUUGCAGUCGCUAUUGUAUCAUUUUGUUGUAUUACAAUCCCAAUGUCACUUUCAUAUUCAUCAUGCAUAGUACAUAAGUUUUGUCCUCAUUAUGGGUUUUAAUUUUUCUAUGAUGGAGCAUUUCUUAAGCAGUCAUGUCUUUUACUUAUGACAGUGGAGCAGAUUUCCGCCUUGUAGCAGCUACAGUUAUUCUUGUCGGAGUGAUGGAUAUUAACGGUCCAUACAUUGAAUGCAUUUAAAAUUGCUCAAAUGACAUCAUGUUACUUCAAUUCGUAAUGGAGAGGAGCAAAUUGCAUUUCAUAUAUAUUAAAUCGAGAUACCUGGAAUGAUAUGUUCUCAUCCAUAUUCAGGCUUUUUAAUUUUAAAAAUCGAGAAGAUAUUUCGGGCAUUUAAAUUGCUAACUCGACCAUGUUUGCUAAAAUGCGUCCGCCUAAGUGUAGGCCACAUUCGCCAAAAAUGAAGUUUUUUGUCAUGUAAAAUCUUUUGAUUAAAAUGAAUAUCAAGUUUUCUUAAUGAGAUUGUUCCAGCAGAACAUAUGAUCAUGAAAACCUACAUUCUUAUGCUAUCACUCAUAUGAAAUGCUUGUCCUGCAUUAAUCUCAACUAAUCUGCACAGUUGUCCGAAUCGACUUAAGGCAUUUGCAAUAUCAUUUGAAAUUAUUCACUAUCUAAUAACCACCUCGUAUUGCUGGUCCAGUUUAGCUAACAAGUAAUUUCAUAGAUAGUCUCAAUUUUAGUGAAGAAUAAAUAAAAUGUAUCUCAGCAAAAUAAUGUGCACAUGGUGUCCACAAGUACUAAGAUUAUAACUAAUUUUUAAAAUGAUCGACGAAAGUUCUGUAAGAAGCAUUCAGAAUUCAAAAGAUGCACUUAUAACAUCUGGAGAAUAUUUUGAUUGUCAAGUUUCAUGACUACUCAAGUUCACGGAAAUCCUAUGCGCCAUCAAGUGAUCGACUAUCUAGUCAUUCGUCAAAGUCACUGGUCAAUUCUUCCAGUCGAGUUAAUCCUAUGUUGGCAGCAAGUCUUGCAUCAUCAGGAAAAUUACCAAAUCUUCCAAUUCCUCUUGGGUCCAAACGGGGUUCAUCUGCAACGGUUGCGGCCGUAGCCGCAGCUGCGAUGAACGCAGCCGCAAUGGCUGCAGCAUUAGGUGCCGGAGGUGUAAUAUCGAGCAAACAAAUGUCACACAUAACCAAAGCACUGGCAUCUGCUACUCGGACUGGUCGUGACCACCAUGGUUCAUCGUCACACAGACCUCCGCGGAGUUCCAGUGAUAGGUAUACAGGUGAAGAUUCAAGAAGCCAUCGUCGAAAAACAACUAGUAAGGAGAAAGAUAUGCUUAGCAUUUUCAAUGCUCGUUACGCUCGUCCAGUAGAACAUCGCAAUCCCGAAGAUGAUCCUAAUGCAACAAGAACAUUAUUUCUGGGUAAUUUGCCACCAGAUGUCGAGGAACCUGAACUGAGGAAGCUUUUCGAACGUUAUGGUAUAAUUGAAGAUAUUGAUAUUAAGCGCCGUGAACUAGAGACUGGAGCAACCGCAUUCGCUUUUGUUCGAUAUCUUAGUCUAGACAUGGCACACCGCGCAAAAGUUAAUUUAUCUGGACAAAUGAUAGGUGAAUACAGAUUCAAAAUUGGUUAUGGAAAAGUUAUUCCCACACGAUGCCUAUGGGUUGGUGGAUUGGGUCCAUGGACAAAUUAUCCUGAGUUCGCAACCCUUGUUAAUAGUAUCAGCGCGCCUGAAAAAAUCAUCUGGCCGUCUGGUAAAAACUAUGCCCAUAUUCUUUAUAGUGAUAGCGAGUCGGCUGCUGUUGCAGCUGAUCUUUUACGUGGAUAUCCAUUAGGAAAAAGUCAUAAACGGAUCCGAGUGGAUUUCACUGAUGAGUCACAUAUGUUCAGAGAUCCUAAUUGGAAACGGUUGAAAAGAAAUUCGUCCACAGAAUCAAGUCCCAGACAUUACUCAUCCAGAAGAUCACUGACACCUCGAAUAAAACGUGAAGAUUCUUUUUCAGACAAUGCCUACUCUCGUGAUAAUCAUUACUCAAAAUACAAGCGCGACCGAAAGACGUAUGUUGAUAGUGACCGAAGUCAUUCUGCUUCGUCAAAUCAUAGGCGAGAAUCUGGCCAUAGAUCUAGAAAAGCUACGCAUGAAAGGGCGCCUAAACGUAGUAUAAGAGACCACUCAUUAAGUCCUGAUGCGGACUCGACGCGUUUUGUUUCACGUUCUCCUUCAUCAUCAAAAUCUCGCAGAUAUUCAUCUUCUUCCUCGAGAUCACCUACAUUAGAAACAUCCACAAACGUAGAACAGUUGGCAUCUUGUCUUCCUUCGGCAUGGGAUGGAGCAUUUUAUCUAAAGUCGAGUAGUUUUCAGUGCAGAAUGCACAUUUUGAGAGGUGACAAAAGCCUUGUUGAUCAGUUCAUGUACCAGGGAUCUAAUUCAGAAGCAUCUGCGCAUUCAAACGAAACUCGACAUGCAGGUAAAAAGUCGAACAAAGAUAAACAUACGUCACUGGACGACAUUGAUUCUAGUGAAUCUCAGGAUGAUGCACAUGGUAGCGCUAAAAGUAGUUGUACAAACAAAGAACAGGUGGUUUGUUUACGCAUUACUCAACGAAUGAGACUGGAUCCAGUAAAGUUAGAUGACGUGAAUCAGCGCAUUCAGACAGCCGGUUCCUCUGGGUUUUGCAUUCUUUUGGCUGUACCUCCACAUUCGGUUUUAUGCAGUGAAGUUGGAGAUGGCGAUAAACAACCGCAAAGACCGCUUCGAAACCUAAUCGGAUAUUUACGUGCAAAAGACUCCGCAGGAGUGGUUCUUCUAAAUCCUGGUGGCCAAAACUCAAACGAUUCUUCAUCCCCUCUAACUGCAGAAACUACAUCUGGGGUGCUGUAUGCAUUUCCACCCUGUGACUUUGCUUUGAAUCUCUUGCGUGAAAGUGCUCCGCAACUAGAGAAAGAUUAUGGUAAAGAUGAUUACUUAGCUAUAAUACUAAUUCGUGGGGCCGGAGUUGUGUAGACAAUACCCCCAAAAUCAAGCUUCGAAAUGAACUGCUUUUGUUGGCAACAAUGUUUGUCGCUAAUGCGCCACUACUUUUUUUCUGUGCGAAAAAACUAAGUUUUGUUUACUAGCGUUAAGCUUCAUUAUAUUAUACCUCCUAAAAGGGCAUUUAUAAAAAAGACGUUUGUUUCUGUACUUGUUGUAUUUCAGAAGAAUCAGUGGGGUUAAUAUACAUAAUAUUCUUUAA